AUGCAUAGAACUUACUCCUUAAGAUCUCAAAGAGCUCCAACUGCUUCUCAAUUACAAUCCCCACCUCCUCCUCCAUCCUCUACCAAAUCAAGAUUCUUUGGUAAAGGUUCCAUCUCUCAUUCUUUCCGUAAAUCUGCUGCCGGUGCUUUAGGUCCUGAAUUAUCCAGAAAAUUAGCUCAAUUAAUUAAAAUGGAAAAAAAUUUAAUGAGAUCUAUUGAAAUCACUGCUAGAGAACGUAAAGAUGUUGCUAAACAAUUAAGUUUAUGGGGUGAAGGUAAUGAUGAUGAUAUUUCUGAUAUUACUGAUAAAUUAGGUGUAUUAAUCUAUGAAGUUGGUGAAUUAGAAGAUCAAUUUAUUGAUAGAUAUGAUCAAUAUAGAAUCACUUUAAAAUCAAUUAGAGAUAUUGAAGGUUCAGUUCAACCAUCAAGAGAAAGAAAACAAAAAAUUACUGAUCAAAUUGCUUAUUUAAAAUAUAAAGAUCCUCAAUCUCCAAAAAUUAAUGUUUUAGAACAAGAAUUAGUUAGAGCUGAAGCUGAAUCAUUAGUUGCUGAAGCUCAAUUAUCUAAUAUUACUAGAGAAAAAUUAAAGACUGCUUUUAAUUAUCAAUUUGAUUCUAUUAGAGAACAUUCUGAAAAAAUUGCUUUAAUUGCUGGUUAUGGUAAAGCUUUAUUAGAAUUAUUAGAUGAAAGUCCAGUUACUCCAGGUGAAACUAGACCAGCUUAUGAUGGUUAUGAAGCUUCUAAACAAAUCAUUGUUGAUGCUGAAAAUGCCUUAGGUUCAUGGACUUUUGAUUCUGCUGCCGUUAGACCAACUCUUUCUAUUGCUGCUCAUGAUGAUGAAUAUGAUGCUGAUGAUUUAGCUGAUGAAGCUCAACAUUUAGAAGUUACUGAAAAAGAAUGGGCUGAAGAAGGUAAAGCUUAA